GGCUCUUUUGCUUGACUUUUGAGGAUUUUUAGCUUGAAAAUUUGAGCGCAGUUUAUCGAGGUUUUGUAAACAUUUUAGUUUUAUUGUUGAGUUUAAAUUGUUUUUAAAUUUGUGACUAUGGCAUUUAAAGGAGGAGAUGAAUCAACUGCUGCUAACUAUUUUCUGGCCAACUCAACUAAACCAAGUAAAUAUGAAGACACCUUACCUGACUUUGACCCUGAUGAGUCUGAUGGUUGCAAAAACAAAUAUGAAAAUCAUGUUAAAGAAAAACUUCAACUCCUGAACUUGUACAAAGAAAAUUUGUGUCCAAAAAUUCAUGCCCUGUUAAUUAACAAUUACAACGUGAUUCUGUAUGGUGUUGGAUCGAAACGGGGCAUAAUUGAUGAAUUUAUUACGAGUUAUUUAAAUCAAAAUAUUGUCAUUGUUUUUUAUGGAUAUAAAGAGGAUGUUAAUCCACGCAAAAUACUCUCUGCCUUCCGAGAAGCCUUAAACUGUGAUAAAAUGGACGAAGAUGUGAUCAUGAAAAAGAUUGACAAAUUAAAGGAACCCAUUUUCCUGGUUAUUCAUUCAUUUGACCGCCUAUGUAUCAAGCACAAUAAGAUUAAACCAUUGGUGAACAAAAUUUUGAAUAGAUCCUCCCAAAUUCAUCUCUUAACUUCUGUGGACCAUUUAAACUCACCAUUGCUGUUUACUUGCUCUGAAACUGUUACACUAAAUUUGGUUUGGCUGAACUGUCCAACAUUUCAAGAUUAUAACAUCGAAAAAAGCUUUGCUCAAUUAAGUACCAGUAGAACAUCUGGUUCCAGUAAACAUCGAUCUGCUGCUGCUACUAUUAUGGCGGUUUCAAAUGUAUACGACAAUUUACCUGAUAAUUCUCGAAAAAUUUUCCUACUAAUUUUAAAUUACUAUUCAACACAAUUGAGCAACGGUGAAUUAAGCAAAUCUUCUAAACGAGCCAUUAAAGGUAAAAAUGAAGAUACUGAAACCGAGAGUGAUGAAGAAGCUGAUGAAGGAGACAAGUUGGAUAACUCUGGGAAAAAAGGAUUCGAAGGCUACUCAUUCAAUAAACUCUACCUUGACUGUAUGGAUGCUUUUUAUGUAAAUUCAGAAGGAACUUUGAGAUCUCAACUCGUUGAAUUUAUUGAUCACAAGUUGAUUAGAUGUAAGUCAGGAACUGACGGCUCUGAGUAUGUUGAGUUACUAAUUCAACCAAAAUUGAUACCAAAGCUACUCCAAGAGUUGAGAGUUUAAAGAUGACAUUUCCACAAAAAUUAUUUAUACCGGAGUCGACAUUUUAUAUUUUUUAAAAGCAUCAUCACUGUGAUAAUUUUUUAAACUCAUAACGUCCAGUCCAUUAAGGAUGAACAAUAUAAAUACAUUAUACCAUAAUUGACUAUUGUAAUUCAAUAAAUAUAAAUUUGACAUUAUUCA